AUUCCUCAGAUAGUCAUGCAAAAUGAUCCAAGCUGUGAAUACGUACAACGACGUAUAAUAUUAUUUUUUUUAAAUUUAAAUCAGAUGCUGUCGCCUGUCGUCAUAGGGAGCACGGGGAAGGUCUCACAGAUGGCCAACAAGUUCGAGGAAGGCUUAGUCUUAAAGAAGAGAGACAUCGUGAUCCCUGCUCGAACCAAACCUGAGAUACCCUAUGUAUCCAGCCUUGUGAAUAGACCUGAGGGGGCCACUGAAAGGUUUCAAAAUGCUAGAGAUAAAUUCAAAUCUAUUGAAGAGGAUACAGGAAGGGUGAUCAGUCCUCCUGGUUCGAGGUCAUCGUCAGUAUCUCAGAGACCAGGGUCAAGGUCAGACAGUGAGAAAAAUAUGAUUCUAGAGAGGUCAAGGUCAUCUAGUCCUUUGUCCUCUCCUGGCAGAUCAAGUUCGACUUCCAGUCAAUGGGGGAUGAAUGGAAAUGAAAGAACAAGCACUUCAAGUCAUGAUAAUGGAGAUGUCAUCCGUGGUUUUAGAGGAAAUCAAGUUGGGUUUUUAAGUCCUAUUCGAGGUGUUCACAGCCCCACCAAACACGCAGCCAACGGAAAUGGGUUAAAUGAAAGAAUAAAACCGCCUGAUAAACCUAAUCGCAAGGUAAACGUCCAGGAAUCGUUAAAAAAUCACCGUAGUUGGACAAAGAAUUUCGGAAAGCCUUCGGGAACACCGGGAACUCCAGAAUCAGUGGACUCUGCAAGACGUAGUAGUGUUAACAAGGAGAAUACCCCUAACAGAAUGUCUGGUUUCGAUGGAGUUCCUAGAGGUGCGAGAUCAACUCCCAUGCAACCAUUACCAUCAAGAUCUCUAACUACAACCUCGGAUUCAAUGGAUGCGUUUAUUAAUAACUGGAAAACUCCUUCGGGAGCAUCAGGUGGGAUGUCUUCAUCAGGUAUCUCAACUUCAAUCUCAACGACUCAAGCUCUUCCUCCCUCCCUACCAUCUACCUCUCCGCCUCCUACUCCUAUCUGUUUGAUCUCUAAUACUGCCGGUAAACCUGUUGCAAGGGUAAACCCAGUAUCAACUACUCCCUGCUAUACUGGAGACCGAAAGGGGCAAUCGAAACCUCCAGUUUUAUCACCAAAGCCUUCUUCUGAACUUGUUAAGAAGCUUUCAUUUAACAGGGGCUCUGAAGAAAAGAAGAAGGUGGAGGAUGAUAAACCUCCCGUGCCAAUUCAACCUCCAAACAGUUUCGAGAAAUCUGAGAUUGUUCCUUGUCAUAAAGAUGCAAGUACAAAUCUAAAAAUAGUAUCUUCCAAGUUUUCACAAAAUGUUGCCAAAAUAAGUCUGGAAAAUUCGGAAGACUUUAAUUCAAGUUUCACUACUUCUAGAAGCUCAAUUAGUGACAUCAUAAAUAAAUCGGAGGAAAAACAAACCGUGGAGAAAAUAGAAUCAGAAAUGACGAAUAAUGAGAUCGAUGAAGAUGCUCUUGAUACAGAACAAAACACUCUCUUUGAAAGUCUACCAUCAUCAGAUUUUAAACAGGUGGAGGAGGAGUUUAGAAAGCUUUCUGAAGAACCAGAGCAUUUUCAAUCCAGAGACUUAAAUGCAGAAUCGAGAUUCAGAAAAUUGAAACAACAAACAUUUUCUCCGAACAUUGAAGAACAACUAACAGAAACACCUAAACGCCCGAAGCCAACUACCCUAGACAUUCCAGGCGUUCGAAAGACUAUUGCUGACAUUGACUCAUCUCCAGAAACCCCUAGCUAUUCUUCCAGACCGCUUCCAUUGUCUCCAAGGUGUCCAGCAAUCGCUGACAUCCCUUUAAACAGUCCUGAUAAACAACACAUUUACCAGAAUGUUAGAAAAUCCAGCACCGAAAUUACUUUUGUCGACGUGCAAAAACGGUCGUUUCAUCCUUCACCCAAGCUUGCUAGUCCUGAAGACCUAACACCAUCUAUCAAUGUUCCUUUAGGGAAGCUGGACAAUAGCUCUGAUGUAGAUGAAUUUAACGACGAACUUCAAUUUGAUCCUACAAUUUCAAGUGGGUUCUAUAGAUCUCUUGGGGAGGGCGGUUUUCGCUCAACUCCUAUAACAGUUGGAGUUUGUCCCACCCCUCAACCUUCAGCGCCAACCCCGCAGCCAUUUGCACCUCCUCUGCCACCAACUAAACCAGACAGUAAGGUCGACGAGAUGACCCCAAGGGAGGCGGAUAUUUUGCUUGCUGAUCAUCUAAUGGAGCGGCGAAGUCGUGCUGGUUCCGUUCUCUCGGACGAGCAAGCGCAAGAGGUUGAACGACUUCUCAGUCCAGAAGGAAACCUCAUAUCUAGGUUUGAUCAAUUUGAAAGUGUGUCAACGUCAACUCGACGCUUCCAAAGUCCCAAUGUGAGUUUUAAUGAUUUAAGUUCUUCCAACAUCACGUCAAAGAUGGAAAGUGACUUUACGUAUAUUGCAAGUGAGGAUUUACCUUUAGAAAUGCCAAACAGAAAGAACAACAAUUCCAAGGAUGAAGUUUCGAAACCUGGAAAUGACGAGAUUGACAAGGUGAAAGAGUUAUUCUCAGAUGCAAGCUUUGGUAGUACUUUAGUUCGAGAAAAUGUUUCAUCGUGGUUAGAGAAUACAGAGAAUCUGACCUCCUCUUUCGAUGCUGUGUCUUCCAAUUACUCUCGGACCUCUGCUGUCGAAAAAUUAGAGAGUCUUGUUUAUUCUCAACCUGAGAAUAAUGUGGUGGCUGAUUCUAAUACAAACUCACCCCCUCCCUCUUCAACCCAUUUAAGUUCUGUUGUCCAACUAUCUACAGAAGCAACCUUCUCAUCAUCAAUCAUUAAUUCAAAUUCUUCCAGUCAAGAUAUACCUAAAAAGACCUCUACAGCUCCGACCCAAUCUGUAGAGGAAGAAAUAAACCAUUCUACAGAGGAAAGUAAAGACAAGAAGAUUGACGUGAAGAGAGUGCCGGAUGCUGAACCUUUAAAAGAAACAUUCUUUGACGCGGAAAACAAAGUUCACUACUACGAGGAUGGACAUUAUUGGUUUGAAUCUAAUUCAGUGGAUCAAGUUCAGCCCAUGGAAGAUACCGCACUUGCCAACCUUCACUUUCAUCCUCCGACUAGGCUCAGAUUUUCAAAGGAACCUGUUAAACAAUAUUCAACGCAUAGUGCAGAUGACUAUGAUCGGAGAAACGAUGAUGUUGAUCCUGUGGCUGCCAGUGCAGAAUACGAACUAGAGAAGAGGGUUGAAAAAAUGGAUACAUUUCCAGUUGAUCUUCACAAGGGUCCUGAUGGUUUAGGUCUUUCCAUUAUAGGAAUGGGAGUAGGUGCAGAUGCAGGCUUAGAGAAGCUUGGGAUAUUUAUUAAGACCAUUACUCCAAGUGGAGCUGCACAUAAGGAUGGAAGGAUUCAUGUUAAUGAUCAAAUAAUUGAGGUUGAUGGGGCAAGCUUGGUCGGAGUAACUCAAGCAUAUGCAGCUUCUGUGCUUCGUAACACCUCGGGACUGGUCAACUUUGUGAUAGGUCGGGAAAAGGACCCCGAGAACAGUGAAGUUGCCCAGCUUAUACGACAGAGCCUCCAGCCGUCUACGGAUCAGGAUGAAGAUAAUUCUAGGGCUGACAGAGAGCGAGCACAUCGUCAGCGAGAAUAUUUUGCACAGCUUGAGGAAGAAAGUGAACCUACUAGCCUGGCUACUAGUACAGAGGGAGAGCAUACAAUUCAGGAGGAGGAUCGUAGUAUAACACCUACUCCGUGUAUUGAUGUUAAUCAGGAUAAUGAAGAUGAUGAAUCUAAAGCGGAUGAAAUGGAACUACUAAAACUCCAACUAAAAGAGGCUGAGUACAGAAAUAUAAUGUUGCACGAAGAAAUGAAACAACUUCAGGAUAAGAUGUACUGCAGUACACUAGAAGGAUUGGACAAGGGUAAACUAGAAGAGGACAGGGAUUCUAUUCAGGAGCAAAUACAUGCUAAUCAGGAGGAGUAUGUUGUCCUGAGUCGGAAGUAUACCCGGGCUAAAAAGCUAAUAUUUUCCUUGAAAAAAGUUGAAAAUGUUUUGAAAGACCAGCUUCUCAUUCGAGAUCACGAGUAUUCAUUGCACUACUCAAAGCUCAGUGAGCGUGUUACUCAGCUAGAGCGUGUACUUCUCAGCACUCAGCGGUCAGCAGGUUUACCUGAACAAUUGCCAUACAAUGCUAUUCUUUCGCCUCCUGAAGUUCUGAACAAGCCUCUGGUUGUUCCGCCUUUUGACUUUCAAGGUGAAUUAUCUGAACCUGAAGAAGAUAUGUCGGAUUGUACCAGCCUAGGGUCAGAAGCUAGUCUAGAGCUUGACAAAAUUCCUCGACACACACUCCUGGACUGCUCAGCAGCAAAGCAUAAAACUGAACUUGUUCAUAGAGGAGCACUGGCCCAGAGACAUAAACCAAGUGCAGAAGCUCUAAAAACCCAAAUAUUAAGAAAAACCAACAUUUUAUCGACUUCAUCUUCAUCAUCUAGUGUCAAAUCAGUUGAGAAUAGUACUGAAUGCGUUAUAACAACUCAGAACCGGCACUACCCUAAACCAACUCUGCCAUCAUCCGUGUCUCUACCCUCCUCCUCCCCUCCCUCCCCACCAAGAACCUCGUCAUUGAAACCAACUCAACCCCCAUUUCAAGCAUCUAAAGUGUCACCUCUGGCAUCUACUGGAGAACCAAAAGUUACAGAUUCUCCAUCAAAAAAAAAAUCUUUCAUAGAUGAAAUUCAAACUGCUCAAAGGCGGCGCGGUCUGGAGGAUACCCAGGAGGAUAGUGGAGCCAGGCCCCUUACUGGGAUUCCCAGCAUAGGGGGUGCUUCCGCUUUACAGGAUCAGUUGAGAUCUAAGCUUGAGGCCCGGCGUAGGACUGUAGAGUUGGCUGAAACCUCAGAAACCACUGUAGCUAAAGCGCGGAAACAAUCUCCGCCCCCCACUUUCCCUUCUCCUAGCACAACUCUGAACCAGUCUCCGUCUAUUAAUAUAAACUCCCCCUCCAGAUCCAUCGACUCCACCCCUCGUCAUGCGCACAACGUUUCCCCUUACCACCAACAAACCUCAGCACACCAUCCGCCACACGCUCAUCAGCCUCAUCCGAUGCCACAGGGGCAUUCUCUACCAUCUCCGCAUAAUCAUCCCAAACCUAGCCAAAUGUUUCACGGUUCUUCUCCUGGAGCCCAAUCCAUCUCAUCUUUGCAUGAAGAACAUGUUCCUCGUCCUCCUCCCCACGCUGCUUUUCAACCAACCCAAUACUCAGCAGUUGGGAUGGUGCAGGCAGACAACGAUCCUUCCUACCAAAUUUUUCAGACGAAUGUCGAACCAAGUGAGGUUGGAGUCAUACCUCCAGAAUACAGAACCCAGUUCUCCAGAGAGUCGCACCAGGAGUCGUUCAGAACCGACUCUCGACCUCUUAACCCAUUAGCAGAACAAUGGAACACAGAUGAGGUGUGUAGUUGGCUUCUAGGUUUAGGGAUGGAGAUGUAUAUAAUGGCGUUCACAAAGAACUCAAUAAGUGGUGAUGUACUUUUAUCGAUAGACUCUAAUACCCUGAAACAAAUGGGAGUGGUCAAUAAACAAGAUCGAGAAAAAAUUAAAGAAAAGAUCAAGGAACUCAAAAAAUGCAGUGAGAAAGAAAAAAAGCGCGAGAAAAAAGGAAAAAGUGGAUUAAAAUCACCUUUUAUGCGAUAAUUUUAUGCAACCUGCAGCUAAAAUUGUAGAACGGGGGAAA